GGCCGCGCCAUGCCUGCCGCGCCCAGCAGCCCGGCCCGCCGGGAGGGAUGCGCUGUGCCGCCCAGCUCCCCUCCGCCCGGCCCUUGCCCUGAAGCAGAAAGUUUGGGGGCUGGGGGCUAUUUUCUCCCGCUCCAAUGACUGCCCAAGGACUCCUGCUGCCCAGCCUCGAUUGUGACCUGUCUCCGCUCCCCAGGUCGUAAUGAACUAUUCCAAGCUGUAACCAAGGCUCCCACUCCUCUCCCCUCUCUCACCCUCCUUUAUAAAGGUUUAUUUUUUUAAUUCAAGAAAUUGUGAUCCUCCGACUCCCCUCCUCGUUAAUAAUUUAGACCCCGAGCCUCGUUUCUGAGUGUAAGAGGGGGUGCGGUCUCCCCCAAGAAGGCGCGCUGGAAGGACAGAUUCCCCUUGCCGACCCACAUACACCAUGAAGAGGUGCAAAUCGGACGAGCUGCAGCAACAACAGGGUGAGGAGGAUGGAGCUGGGCUGGAAGAUGCAGCUUGCCACCUGCCGGGCGCGGACCUCCGGCCUGGGGAGGCCACGGGUGCUAACUCUGCUGGCUGGCCAACUUCGGAUGCGGGCGCUGCCGCGGCGCCCAACCCGGGUCCCCGAAGCAAGCCUCCCGAUUUAAAGAAAAUCCAGCAGCUCUCAGAGGGCUCCAUGUUUGGCCACGGCUUCAAGCACCUGUUCCACGGCCGCCGCCGGUCACGGGAGAGGGAGCACCAGACGCCUCAGGAUUCCCAGCAGCAGCAUCAGCAGGGCAUGUCCGACCAUGACUCCCCGGACGAGAAGGAGCGCUCCCCGGAGAUGCACCGCGUCUCCUACGCCAUGUCCCUGCACGACCUGCCCGCCAGGCCCACUGCCUUCAACCGCGUGCUGCAGCAGAUCCGCUCCCGGCCCUCCAUCAAGCGGGGUGCUAGCCUGCACAGCAGCAGUGGGGGUGGCGGCAGCGGGGCCAGUAGCCGGCGCACCAAGAGCAGCUCCCUGGAGCCUCAGCGUGGCAGCCCCCACCUGCUGCGCAAGGCCCCCCAGGACAGCAGCCUGGCCGCCAUCCUGCACCAGCACCAGUGCCGCCCCCGGUCUUCUUCCACCACUGAUACGGCCCUGCUGCUGGCUGAUGGUGGCAACCUCUUGGCCGAGGAGGCCGAGGGUCUCAGCGACAAGGUCGACAAGGGGGACCUCGCGGCCCUGAGCCUCCCUGGCGGCCCUGGCCAUGGUGACACCGAUGGCCCCAUCAGCCUGGACGUGCCAGACGGGGCCCCGGACCCCCAGCGGACCAAGGCCGCCAUCGACCACCUGCACCAGAAGAUCCUGAAGAUCACAGAGCAGAUCAAGAUCGAGCAGGAGGCACGGGACGACAACGUGGCGGAGUACCUCAAGCUGGCCAACAACGCCGACAAGCAGCAGGUGUCCCGCAUCAAGCAGGUGUUCGAGAAGAAGAACCAGAAGUCGGCCCAGACCAUCGCCCAGCUGCACAAGAAGCUGGAGCACUACUGCCGGCGCCUGAAGGAGAUCGAGCAGAACGGGCCGUCGCGGCAGCCCAAGGAUGUGCUGCGGGACAUGCAGCAGGGCCUGAAGGACGUGGGCGCCAACAUGCGCGCCGGCAUCAGCGGCUUUGGGGGUGGCGUGGUGGAGGGCGUGAAGGGCAGCCUCUCCGGCCUCUCACAGGCCACCCACACGGCCGUGGUGUCCAAGCCCCGGGAGUUCGCCAGCCUCAUCCGGAACAAGUUUGGCAGCGCUGACAACAUCGCCCACCUGAAGGACCCUCUGGACGACGGGCCCCCCGAGGAGGCGGCCCGGGCGCUGAGCGGCAGUGCCACGCUCGUGUCCAGCCCCAAGUACGGCAGCGAUGAUGAGUGCUCCAGCGCCAGCGCCAGCUCGGCCGGGGCGGGCAGCAACUCGGGGGCCGGGCCCGCUGCGGCGCUGGGGAGCCCCAAGUCUAACCUGCUGUACGGAGCCGCCGGAAGCCUGGAUGCUGUGCUGGAAGAGCUGCGGGAGAUCAAGGAGGGCCAAUCCCACCUGGAGGACUCGAUGGAGGACCUGAAGGCUCAACUGCAGAGGGACUACACCUACAUGACCCAGUGCCUGCAGGAGGAGCGCUACAGGUACGAGCGGCUGGAGGAGCAGCUCAACGACCUGACCGAGCUUCACCAGAAUGAGAUGACCAACCUGAAGCAGGAGCUGGCCAGCAUGGAGGAGAAGGUGGCCUACCAGUCCUACGAAAGGGCCCGGGACAUCCAGGAGGCUGUGGAGUCUUGCCUGACCCGGGUCACCAAGCUGGAGCUGCAGCAGCAACAGCAGCAGGUGGUGCAGCUGGAGGGCGUGGAGAACGCCAACGCACGGGCGCUGCUGGGCAAGUUCAUCAACGUGAUCCUGGCUCUCAUGGCCGUGCUGCUGGUGUUCGUGUCCACUCUCGCCAACUUCAUCACACCCCUCAUGAAGACCCGCCUGCGCAUCACCAGCACUGCCCUCCUGGUCCUUGUCCUCUUCCUCCUCUGGAAGCACUGGGACUCCCUCACCUACCUCCUGCAGCACGUGCUACUGCCCAGCUGAGCGGCCGGCCUCGACCCCGUGCUCUCCCCAGCCCCCAGCUGGCCAUGCUUCUCCGGGGGUACCCUGGGGCUCCCGAGUCCUUGGACUUCUUCACGUGUCCAGUUUGGCCUCCUGCCCAAACUGUCCAUUCCAGCAACCUCUGCCCCCUUCUCUGUCCUUGCUUCUUCUGUCCAGUGCCUCCUCCCUUUUGGCCUGAAGGGAGCCAUAAGUGUAGCCCUGCCUGGAGGCGGUGGGGGCAUCGGUGGCCAAAUGGAGCAGAGGACACCCAGAUGGACUGUUUUCAUUAUUUACAGUCACACAAGGGCUCCUCCCCGCUGACGCAGAUGCCAUGGGUCAGGAAGGCCAAUGAGAAGAGGGGCAGGAGAGGGCCAUGCCUCGGCUUUCCUAGGGAAGAGCCCACGCUGCAGGCAGCUCCGGCUCCCUCUUUGUGGAGAUGGUCAGGAUGAAGGCAAGAGUUUCCACUGGCCCCAGGGAUGCUCCCCAGCUCACCCCUCCCUCCUCCAGAGCUGGGCUGAGGCUGGGUUCUGGGUUGGGCCCUUCUGGGAUCUGAAGGAUGCAGGCUCUGGAGGCCAGUUGGGUGUGGCUUUGGAUUUGUGUGUUCCCUGUUAUUUUUUCUGCCUGUCCCUGGAUCUGCUCUUUUCAGGGAAAGAGGCCCCAGGGGUCCCAAGCCUCAGCCCAAGCUCUUAGGGUUCUGUUUAUUUAUUUAUUUAUUUGUUCCUUUGUCCCUUAUCCCCCUGAGCUCCAGGGAGAGGUCCCCACCCACCCACCUCCCUGGUCCUCUCUCUGAAGCCAGGGCUGCUGCUUGGCUGUCAGGCACUUCCAUGCCAUUUAGAUCUGGAGACUCCUGGCUGGGGGAAGUGGGGCAGAGCCACCCAGCCCCACUCUCCCAAGCAGCGCCUCAGGCUCUUUUAUAUGUCUGUUUAUUCUGUAUGUGUGUAUUUGUGUGGGGGAGGUUGUCUGUUGCUUUCCUUUUUUUAAGGCUCUGGAGUGUUGUGUAUGGUUUCUCUUCACAUCCCAGCCUCCCCAAGGGCACUUCCAAGAAGAGAGGGGAUUUCUCGGAAAAGGAGAGAGAAAUCCCCUGGAACAGGGGAGGGCAGUGCCUGCCAGCUGUUGUGGACCUUCCCGAGAAAUAAAUAUCCUCUAA